AUGAAGUCUACACUUUCCCGCCGAAUGGACAUGACAAAUACCUCUUCGGCCGCCAUUGAAGCCGCCCAAAUCCUCGAUCCAUGGACCGGUCAAUGGAAAUAUCCACGCGCCCUCAUCAUCUUCCUAUGCGCAAUCGUAGCCAUUUUUAUGCUUCUACACAUAUCCCAAUUCCUCCGCGAUCGCCGCCGUCUCUCUUCAAAAUCUAGGAAAGCUACGCUUUCCCUCUAUGACCGCACUGCCGCCGUUCUGCGUAGUCUGAUAUAUAGACGUCCGUUGCACGGUGCUCCAGCACUCGGCCCGGUGAUACUCAUUGUGUCUCUUCUGGUAUUUACAUUGGUGUGGACGUUCGCUGUACAGCCUUACUACCGCCCGUUACGAUCUGGGGGCUCGCCGCCGUUGUCGUUGCGGUCGGGAUUGUUUGCGGUGGGGUUGACGCCAAUGAUGGGGAGCAAGGUUGAUUCUGUUCCUGGGCGUGGUGCAUACAAUCCCAUUUCUCGUGCAACCACUGCGGGAGGGUGGGUAUGCGGAACUAAAGAGUGCGGUAGUUGCGUCCCAUUAAGAAAAUACUGCUAUGAGCUGUUUGUGGGCACGCAUAUACUCUCGGCGUUCCUCUAUCUGGCGUUCAUUUUCUGGCACUGCGAGGAUCUUCUCACGUCAUGGACAUAUCUGUGGGCCACCGCUGCUCUCUGGCUCGCAAGUGUGCUCCUCCGCUUCAUGAAUACCACUUUCAAUGCUGCACUUCCAUGCACACUCCAGGUCCUCCCUGGCGGCGCCGUCAUGGUCACGAUACCAACUACACAUAUAUGGACGCCCGCACAGCACGUAUUCCUGCGUUUCCCGGGUCUAUCGGUCUUUGAUAACCACCCGUUCUCUGUAUGCAGUGUUUCCGAGAACAGUGAUGAGCUGAACACACUGGUAGUGGUUGUGAGGCCGCGCUCGGGAUUUACGCGGCGGCUGUUUCUGGCUGCAGCAGAGGACGGGCCAGAGGCGGCGAUGCGGGUGGUGGUGGACGGGCCGUAUGGUGGUGUCCCGAGGGCGGUAGAAUCGUUCCAAGGGAUUGUGUUGGUCGCGGGGGGGAGUGGAGUCACGGCUGUAGUGGGAGUGUUGUCGUGGCUGGUGAGGUGUAUGAGAAGGGGAGAGGGGUGCGUUGAGAAGAUAAAGCUGGUGUGGGCGGUGAAGGAUCGGCGGGUGUUGGCGUGGUUUGAGGGUCAGGUUGCAGAGGCGGUUGCGAUGGCGGGAGUUGAGUGUCGUUUUUUUAUUACCGGGCACGAGGAGGAGAGUGAGAAAAUGGAGGCGGUUGAUGGAGUGGAGAUUGCAAAGGGAAGGCCAGAUUGUGGACGAAUGCUGGAGGAAUGGGUUGGAGAGAUGGGUGAGAGAGUCUGCGUAGUUGCUUCGGGCCUCAAGGGUUGA